AUGCUGGAUUGCUGGCUACCAGUGGUUUGAAGUGGAAAAGGAAUGCCGCGCUCAAGUACCGCCGCACACAUUGACAUCGCAUCUCAAGAGUCGGCUCGUUGUCGGCUCGGGAGAUAUCUUUGCAUUUCACAUUGAAGAUCCUGGGAGGAGAUGCUGGAGAUAUAAACCCACCAGGGUGGACGGAUUUCUUGACGGAGGCCUAAUUAUCGUUCAUUUCGGAGAUCAGAGACGCCCUCACACUACAGGCACCACCUCACAUUGCUUUGGGCUUUCAACAACUUCUGCAUUGUAUUGCAUUGCGCAGCCAUUCAUCUCGCCAUCAGACGAGUCUCCAUCAACUCGCCAUCUACGUUCUGCCCAGCCCAUACGUCUGUAGCACAACAAGCUCUGGUUCUCUCCACCAGCACCAGCUCAACGAUGGCCGACGCCGACCUUUUCGAUGUCUUGAUCGUAGGCUCCGGCAGCGCCGGGCUGACUGCGGCGCUGUGGCUCACCAUCUACAACACGACACACCCGCGGCAACAGAUCAAAUUCAAGAUCCUGGAGCGGCGCGGCGGACCCAUGGCCAUCGGGCAGGCGGACGGCAUCCAGUGCCGCACGGUCGAGAUCUUCGAGACUCUGGACCUGUCCGAGGACCUGCUCCGCGAGGCCUACCACGUCCUCGAAGUCGCCUUCUGGAGCCCCGAUGGGCAGGGCGGGAUCCGCCGGAGCAACCGCGCGGCCGACACGGCCAAGGGUCUCAGCCACAUGCCGCAUCUCAUCCUGAACCAGGCCCGGGUCAAUGGCCUACUACUGGAGAAGAUGAGGAAGCUGGGCGCCGGGAGGGGCGAAGAAGUGAGUUACGGAUGGACGGUGAAGAGCGUCAGCAUAGACGAGGAGUUGGCGGACAUGCAUGCAGCCAGUUAUCCUUGUUCGGUUGUCGCGGUCCGGGACGAAGAUGGGAAGGAAGAGCUUUUCAGGGCCAAAUAUGUCUUGGGCUGUGACGGGGCACACAGCGUUGUGCGUAGAUCGCUGGGUUACAAGAUGGUUGGAGACAGCACCGACGCCGUCUGGGGAGUCAUGGAUAUCUAUCCUCGAACCAAUUUCCCCGACAUCCGGCGCAAAGUCACUGUUCACUCCGACUCGGGCUCCCUCCUGGUCAUCCCCCGAGAAGGCGGCUCUCUGACCCGCUUCUACAUCGAAUUCCCAACGGGCACCAACGUCAAGGAAAUUAAACUCGAAGACCUGCACAAGAAAGCACAGCAAAUCUUCCACCCGUACAAGAUGGACUUUGCAGACACGUACUGGUGGUCAUGCUAUUCGAUUGGCCAACGUCUCGCGGACCACUUCACCAAGUCGAACCGGGUGUUUUUGACCGGGGACGCAUUCCACACGCAUUCACCAAAGGCCGGACAGGGGAUGAAUGUCAGCCUGCAGGACGGCUUCAACAUCGGCUGGAAACUCGGCCAUGUCUUGACGGGGCAGGCGACACCCGACUUGUUGAAGACGUACAGCAUUGAACGCGGCAAGACGGCCGCCGAUCUGAUCGACUUUGACCGGUACUUUAUGAAGCUGUUUGCGAGCAACAAGGCCAACAACGAGAAGAAGAUCACCCCCGAAGAAUUUCGCGAGGGCUUUAUUAAGUCGGGACGGUAUACCGCGGGCUUGACUUCAAAAUACGAGGAUUCCAGCGUAACAUCCAGCGCAAACAGCACACAGGAGUUGGCAAGGGAGCUUGUGGUCGGUAUGAGGUUCCCUGGGGCGCAGGUCGUGCGGUUCUGUGAUGUCAAAGCCAUGCAGCUCGCUCGGGCCUUGAAGGCAGAUGGUCGAUGGCGCGUUAUCUUCUUCGCCGGCAAGAUUGAAGAUCCCCAGAUGCUCCCGAGGCUGAACCAGAUCGCAAAGUACAUGGAAUCCCCGACCGGUCCCGUGCGCAAAUACACCCCCGUGUCGGCGGAUAUCGACAGUUUCAUCGAGCCCAUCGUGGUCGUCGCCGGCGAGCGUCUGAAGCUCGAGCAGGAGCAGAUCCCCGAUUAUUUCUGGCCCGUCACCGGGAAGUGGAAGAUGAGAGAUCUCCACAAAGUGUUCGUCGACGAUGAACAUUAUAACUCGGGCCAUGGCCAUGCGUAUGAGAAGUACGGCAUCGACCCGGACAAAGGCGCCACGGUUAUUGUGCGCCCUGACCAAUAUGUCUCGAAAGUGAUCUCCAUCGACGAUACGCAAGGGAUCGGCCAAUUCUUCGACGGCUUUUGCGCCUCGAAAGAACAGCUGAACGGUCAUUUAUAAAAUUGUCGACAAGUAGUCGAGAUGAAAUCCUGUCUAGAUUUUAUAUCUAUUCGUGAGGCCAAAUUAUCUCUACCGGUUUUCCGACAAUUAGCCCCCUGUUCGCCAAAGCAGCGACCCGACACAGACUGCAUUGAUGACGGUGUGCUGGCCCACCACCCAGGCCGCCGUGUAGAGAUACUUUGGGGAGAAGACGGUCCAUAUAAAGAGGUGUUCUCGGAGGACCAUGCAAGCCACCAUGACCGACAAGGCAUGGAUGCAGGAAAAGGUAGCCAACGCCGUAAAGAGGAAGGAAUAUGCACCGCCUUGGAGAUGGAGAGAGCUGAACAACUGGCAAAUUGCAAAGGACCACCAUAUCGGACCAACCCAGUUACUUAUGAACGUGAGGAUGCCCACGGCGG